AUGGCUGAAGCUGCGGCCUAUGCUUAUGACAGAGCAGCCUAUAAGCUUCGUGGUGAAUAUGCACGGUUGAAUUUUCCGAAUCUUUGCGACGCAAGCAAGUUUGGAUUCGAAGAUUGUGCUAAAUUGAAUGCUUUGAAGAGUGCUGUGGAUGCAAAAAUCCAAGCCAUUUGUCAAAAGGUUAAGAGAGAGAAAGCAAACAAGAGAGGUAAGAAAAGGAGUUCUAGGGGUAAUGGAGAUAAGGGUAAUGAGAGUAAAAACGUGAUGACGGUUGAUUCAUCUUCGUCGUGCUCGUUGAUGUCAUCGUCAAUGACUGGCAAUGGCAGUUGGAGUAAUAAAAUGGUGUCAGCAAGUAAUUCUGAAGAUGGGCUCUGGAUGGGAGAGAAUUCACAAUGCUCUGUUUCCGGCGAGUUUCCGGCGGCACCGGAUGAAUCAGAGUUGGAAGGUUGUUCACUGGCGCGUUUGCCUUCCUUUGAUCCAGAGUUGAUUGGGAAGUUCUUGCCA